AGGAGAAAUUUCGACGGCGUGAACAAGCGUCCAGCCAAAGGGCCGAGCUAGCUGUCGCAAGUUCUGUACCAGAGAUUGAGAAUGGGGCACUGGAGGCAGAAAGUACAAUCAAAGCUUGGUUUGCAGAGACCAUAUCACUUCUUCGCCGGAUCGCCGUCAUCCUCAAGUUUGACAUAAUCACGCUCCCUCCGUCUGAUUUCCGGGAUCUGCAGGGUCUAUUUUCUUGCUUCGUAGUGGCGUCGCCUGGCACCAUCGUCCUCCCCGGGCAGGCAUUGA